AUGUCGACUUCCUCCGCAUCGGGUGAGGCUCACCUCGUCAUCGGUGGCUCCGGCUUUCUUGGCUCUCGCAUCGCUCUCGCCCUUCGUCAACGUGGCGAAAAGUACGUCUCGGUCUUCGAUCUGCAUGCCGCUAGACAGCCCAUCGAAAAGGUCGAGUACUACACCGGUGACAUCACAUCCGAAUCAUCGCUUCGCGAGACGCUCAUACAGGUCCGCGACAAGGCGGGUCUCGAAGCAGGUGGCAGCAAGGGCGUCGUCAUCUAUCACACGGCCAGCCCCGUCGCUGGUCUCGGCCCAGAAAUUUACCACAAGGUCAACGUCGUCGGCACCCAGACCGUCAUCGCGGUGGCCAACAAGCCCGAACUUGCUGUCACAAAGCUCGUCUUCACAUCGAGUGCCGGUGUCGUCUAUGAUGGUCAUGACCUGAUCAACGUCGAUGAGCGAUUGCCCUACCCAAAGAAGCCGCUGGAUGCCUACAACGACACCAAAGCCAAGGCGGAACACCUCGUACUGCAAGCCAACAGCAAACAAGCAGGCAAGCUCAAGACGGUGGCUCUUCGUCCCGCUGGUAUAUUCGGCGUCGGUGAUCGACAAGCGCUUCCCGGCUUCUUCAACGUGCUCCGAACCGGAAAGACCAAAGUUCAGAUCGGCGACAACGAGAACCUCUUCGACUGGACCUACGUCGACAAUGUGGUCCACGCACAUCUACUCGCAGCCGACAAGCUGGACGCCGCACCCUACCCAGCUGACAAGCUUGGAGACAUCAUGAUCUCCACCCGAGUGCUCGCUGACGACCAGCUCGACUCACAACGUCAAGUGCCUACCAGCGAGGCUCGAGACGACACCCCCAAAGGCUCCACCGACUACGCCCGCAAGCUUCCCACUACGCUCAGCCCCGAGACGCUCAAGCAUGAGCUCAACGUGCGUCCCGUUAUUCGCAACAAGUUCGACCAAUUCUUCCACAUCAUGAACCCAGAGGUCACCAGCCCAGGCAACCCACUCGGCGAUCAGUUCCCACUGGUUGAGGAGAACGUCCCUGUUGCUGGUGAGGCCUUCUUUAUCACCAACGGCCAGCCCAUCCCCUUCUGGGACUUCCCGCGCGCUUUGUGGGCGGGCAUGGGCCACGUCAUGCCCGAAGCCAAAGUGUGGAAGCUUUCCAAGGACUGGGGUCUCACCUUGGCGGGUUGGGCCGAGACCUUCGCCUGGUUGACCGGAAGAGAGUCGCAAUUCACCAAGUACAAGGUCACCUACUCGGCAAGCUCGCGAUACUACAACAUUGAAAAAGCGCGUAGAGCGCUUGGCUACUCGCCUAUCGUCAGCGUCGAAGAGGGCAUUCGAAGAAGUGUAGACUGGUGGAAGAGUGAGCACCCAGAAGAUAUUGUUUCGAGCAAGGCUUGA